UGGUUGCUGCGUGAAAGCCAGACAAAAGUAUCUUGGUCGAAGUUUCGCUAUUUUGUGUGGCUUAUCCUUUGUCUGUCUGUCUUCAAACCCCCUCUUCCUCUCUAUACAACAGAGGAACAUAAAUCUCUUACUUACGUGUUGUUUCAAAAUAAUCUUACAAUAGAGCUCUGGUUGUGUCGCGAAGAACAGAGAGAGAGUUACGAGUUUCUCCUGGUCUGAAUGAGCUCCCAAUGCCUUCGUUAGAUAUUGCUACGAUCCAACCUUCCUUGCAAGCUCAUCUUGUUCCAUUGGGGGCUCAGAGUAUCAUCCAUGCCAAAACCCUACCUAAUCCAUGGAGACACACCACUUUCUCCAAGAGUCUGAAAUUUUACACAGGCCAUCUUCAUGUACCAACAAGAGGCAGACUCAUUAUUACUGCAGUGGCUACUGUUGAAACCAAAUAUCCUCCCGCUCAGACAGAACACCAACAAAGCUACUCCUUGUCUUCUUCUGAUGAUGCUUCAAAACCCUCUGACGGUCUUAAUGGAAGUUCUGACGAUGGAGAAGAGGUGGAUGACAGAGAAAGGCUAAGGAGGAUGAGGAUCUCUAAGGCUAAUAGAGGGAACACUCCUUGGAACAAAGGCAGGAAGCAUAGUCCAGAGACCCUACAGAAGAUUAGAGAAAGGACAAAGAUUGCAAUGCAAGACCCUAAGAUCAAGAUGAAGUUAUCAAAUCUCGGACACGCACAAAACGAGGAGACACGGUUGAAGAUUGGGGAGGGAGUGAGGAUGCGAUGGGCAAGGAGGAAGGAGAGGAGAAAAGUGCAGGAGACAUGUCACUUCGAGUGGCAAAACUUGUUAGCAGAAGCUGCUAGAAAAGGACACACAACAGACGAACAAGAGUUUCAGUGGGAUUCUUACAAGAUCUUGGACCAGCAGAAUCAGCUGGAAUGGCUUGAAAGUAUAGAGCAGAGGAAAGCCGUUAGAGCAGCUAAAGGCAACAGAAGAGCUCCAAAAUCUCCCGAACAGAGGAGGAGAAUCGCUGAAGCCAUAGCUGCUAAAUGGGCUGAUCCAGCUUACCGUGAAAGGGUUUGCUCUGGCUUGGCGAAAUACCACGGUAUACCUGAAGGUGCUGAGAGGCGACGUAGAAGACCAAGUGGGACUGGAGAGCCUAGAAAGAAGAAUCCUACAAAUAAAACUACAAGAGUUUCAGAGACUGUACGCAAAGUUCAAGUAGUGAAAGUAAGGAAGCGGAGAGGACCUGUGUAUAAAGAUCCUUUGGCUAGUUCAAAGCUGGAGAUGAUAAAAAGCAUCAGAGCAAAAAGAGUUGCUGAAGAAUCUAAGAAGAUGGAUGCUGUGCAACAAGCAAGGCUUUUGAUCUCUGAAGCUGAGAAAGCUGCUAAGGUUCUUGAGGUUGCUGCUAUGACAAGCCCUGUGGCUCAAGCAUCUUUGUUAGAGAGUAAAAAGCUUAUAGCAGAAGCAACGCAGCUGAUUGAAUCUUUAGAAAUUAGCCAGGCAUCUUCAGAUGAAGAUGGGACUCACCAUCAGCCUAAUACCGAAGAUUCAAAUGAUCAAGAAGAGCCAGGAGAAGUGAACGGAACACACACAUUACCACCAAUCAAUGGAGAGAGUCUUCACUUGAGCUUGAGGUGUAGUGAUUUGCCGACAUUCAACAUACAAGGUACCACCACACUUGGGGUGAUUCAACAGCCAAACGGAACAAGAGUUGAUCCUCCUCCACCAGAGUCUAAUGGAGCUAUCAGACUUCCAAAUGGUUCUCAUGCUUGCCGUGGAGUGGAUGAAAAGGCGGAAGAAUCUUUGGAAUCAGGGAAUGUAACUAAGAAGUGGGUUCGUGGAAGGCUCGUAGAAGUCACAGAAGCAGCCUAAACUUGUUUUUUUUUUCCAAGUGGACAUGAGGUGAUUGAUGUUGUAGAGGUUUAGCAGAGAAAAAAAAAAUUGUUCAAUUAGUGAUUCGAAGUUUUGGCUUCUUGUUUGGUCUUAUGCGUGAGAGAAGCAGUUUCCAGUUUGAGAUGUGGCAGUUGUAUCUAUAAUAACUCAAUUGUAUGUCAGAGUUUCAGCUUAGUAAACAAUUAUCCAUAGCUUUUGCAUCUA